CAUCGAUAAUCACACGAACAUUAUGUAUAUUCACUUCUCUAUCUAAUUAAAUGCGCGAAUAGCAAUCUGCAAUCGCUUGAAAUACUAUUUUGUUAAAUUCUGUGAAGUAACAGUGUGGUGCAUGUUGUGUUGAAAGUUUGUGUUCGAAUCCAGAUGAAUUAAUAUAUUUAAAUAAUCAAAAAUGGCUCCGAGUUUAAGUAAAUUAACAGGAAGGACAGAUGUUAAAAUUGCGUUAGCUGCUUCUGCGGCCCUAAGUGCUUGGCUCAUCAGGAACUCAAUAAAGUCAAGAACACCGAAAAGCACAAAACCUGGCCGGCUAUCACCUGAAGAACAGAUACAGUAUAUGAUAAAGGAGAGAGGGCAAAAAUCACCAAGAGCCCAGGUAGACGCCAGGUUCCUGGCGGAGCUGAAUGCGCUAUGGAAAAUAAUGAUGCCUGGCUUCUGGACCAAGGAGAGUGGUUUCAUGAUAUUGAUCGCAAUAUCGCUGAUCUCAAGGUCUAUGUGCGAUCUGUGGCUCAUACAACAAACAACGCUAGUUGAGGGAUCGAUUAUAACUAUGAAUCAUGGUGAAUUUAGAAGACUACUCAUACAGUUCUUCACUGCCAUGCCAUUGAUAUCUCUAGUGAACAAUGUAUUGAAGUGGAGUAUUGGCGAAAUGAAGUUGAGGAUACGCACCAAUUUAUCGCUGUACCUAUACCAGGAGUACAUGAAAGGCUUCACAUACUACAAAGUGUCUAAUCUGGACAAUCGGAUAUCAAACGCGGACCAACUGUUGACGACCGACAUCGAUAAGUUUUGCGACACCAUCGUGGACCUGUACAGCAACAUCAGCAAGCCGUUGCUGGACAUCGGCAUAUACCUAUACCGGCUUACAGUCAACUUGGGCGCUUCGACACCAGGCAUCAUGAUGGUGUAUUUGCUGCUCUCUGGAGUGUUACUCACAUACCUGAGAAGGCCCACAGCCCGCAUGACCGUGCAAGAGCAAAAACUUGAAGGUGAAUUCAGAUACGUGAACUCUAGGCUAAUAACAAAUUCGGAGGAGAUCGCUUUCUAUCAGGGUAACCACAGAGAGCAGCUGACUCUCCUGGCUAGUUUCUACAAGCUGACAAGGCAUCUGCGAAAGUUCCUUAACUUUAGAGUGUGCAUGGGUUUCAUCGACAACAUCAUUGCCAAAUACAUUGCUAUCACGGUGGGUUUCUACGCGGUGUCGAGACCAUUCUUCGUUACGGAUCACAAUCUACUCACGACGGGCACAGAAAAUGACAGGUUUAAACACUACUACACGUACGGGCGCAUGCUGGUGAAGAUGGCGGAGGGCAUCGGGCGCAUCGUGCUGUCGGGGCGCGAGCUGUCGCGGCUGGCGGGGCUCACGGCGCGCGUCACGCAGCUGCGCGCCGUGCUGCGCGACCUCAACCGCGGCAACUACUCGCGCACCAUGGUCGCGCACCACGAGCGGCACAACGGGCAGCCCAACCAGCCCAUGCUGAUGGCGCCGGGAGCUGGUCGCAUUAUUUACCAAGACAAGAUCAUAAAGUUCGACAAAGUGCCGCUAGUCACGCCGAACGGCGACAUCCUCAUCAACGAACUGUCGUUCGAAGUCAGGUCGGGUAUCAAUGUUUUGGUGUGCGGCCCCAACGGCUGCGGCAAGUCGUCUCUGUUCCGACAACUGGGCGAGCUGUGGCCGAUCUUCGGCGGCACACUCACCAAACCACCGAAGGGCAAGCUGUUCUACGUGCCGCAGCGACCGUACAUGACGUUGGGGACGCUGCGUGAUCAGGUCAUCUACCCACAAACGCGCGACGUCAUGAUACGUCGCGGGCGUACAGACGAGCAACUGAACAAAUUCCUGGAACUCGUGCAGUUGUCGUACCUCACCACCAGGGAGGGAGGCUGGGACGCCGUCGAGGACUGGAUGGACGUACUCUCUGGAGGCGAGAAACAGAGAAUAGCUAUGGCGCGUCUGUUCUACCACGAGCCGCAGUUCGCGAUACUAGACGAGUGCACCAGCGCCGUCUCCGUCGACGUCGAGGGACACAUGUAUCAAUACUGUCGCGAGAUGGGCAUAUCCCUGUUCACGGUUUCCCACCGGAAGUCGUUGUGGAAGCACCACGACCACUACCUGCAGAUGGACGGCCGCGGCGGCUACACCUUCGGCGAAAUAAACAACGAAACGCAGGAGUUCGGCUCAUGAUUCACACAUAGCUGAUUAACCAAGGUAUAUUAGUCAAAUUGUCGAUCCUCGCAUUUUCUACUCGACCAUUUUUUAUGAUAGUAAAAAACCGAUACCGAGUCGCUUGUGCGUAGUAUUUUAUGCUGUUCUAAAAAUGUGUGCCUUUUCGUCAAAGCAAUAUCGACUUUGUGUUCUUUAUGUACAAAGUUAAAUUCAGAUUGGGUAAAUAUGGCAAUUAUCGCUCAAAUACGUAGUGUGGUGCUGCCAUUAUGCACAAAUGAUGUGCCUGCGCAUAAUAGAAACGUGCAAUAUAUUUAUCUAAUUUAAGAUAUCAAAGUAGCCGGUAAAUUAACAGAUUAUAAUGUUUAUUUUACAUACAGCUGUUUUUGAAGUGUUAUUGUAAUGAAACUGUGUACCACCACACACACGCGACUUGUUUCGUCUUUUACUAAAUAGGUAUCUGUAUAGUUCAAAUAUUGUAAUGUACGUCUAACUCCUCUACAGGUGCAUCGUCUGAUAUAAUUUUAAAGUAACUUUAAAAUAUACAAUUGAAAAUAAUAAAAAGAACUUUACAUUCUUAUUAAACGCUCUUUAUUAUACAUGGUUAUUUUAAAUGUCAAGUAUUUGACUGGGAUCAAUAAAAUAUCAAAUCACAAAUACAAAUUCCAACUUAUUUCCUAUUACAUAAUUCGAAUUUAGGGCAUUAUUGCAAUAAAAUAGAUUGUGUGGGAUUAAUACCGAAGUAUGAUCGAUUAUAUAAUUUAGAAGUUUCAAAUGUAAAAUAAAUCACACGUUAACUAGUUUUUAAAAUGAUUUAUGAAGCAAUCAUGAAUUAAAUAUUUUCUAAAACUAAAUAUUUAACAUGUCUAUGAUAAACUCUAAUUACAAACACGCAAUGCAUUUUGGCAUUUUUUUCUCGGUCGAGUACUAACCUUACAUUGUUAUCAACAAUUGUUUGUGAAUUAGCCUUCAAUUAUACGACCCAUGAAUUUAAAGGUCGUUUAUUUUCGCACUGGUCAUGCUUCGGUGUAAUCUCACGUGAGACUGUACCUGUAAACUUUAUAUUAUUAUUAAACAAUAGAUAAUCGAAUAAAUUUGUAAUGCCAUAGAUCACAAAUAUAUUAAAAUUUUAUAUGGUACCAACCUAAUAAACAUCACUGAAUCUGUACUUACUAUUUUAUGUAAAAUUUUAAAUAUAAAAUUCCUAUAAAUAUAUUUUUUUUGUGAAUCAAUAUGAAAUUUGCCGUAAGUCUUUUUAUUUAGAUAAUUCAAUGUUUUUAAUUGUGGUUCAAAUACUGUACAAUUAUAAAACGAGGGAGUCAACAUAUAAAUACAAUCAUAAUAUUAUCUAUGUGUGAAUAUUUAUAAGCAUUUUGGAAUGUUUAAGUUAUGUCUAUUUUCACCAUCUUGUCUAGAAAUAAAAGAGCUUAACUGCUGCUGUUCAAUAAAUUUAUAUAUUACGUGGAUUGUAAACAGAAGACGGUGAAAAUGAGCUCUAUUGAUUUAUGUAGUAGAAGAAACAAGGACGAUUUUAUUUAUACAACAAUGCUUAUAUUUUAGAUAUAAAUAAUUUUGAUACAAAAUAGAAUGUUAUAUGUUUUUAAGUGGUAAGACCACUUGAGUGUGCCAGAUUUUUGAAAAGUUCCACUUUCGAUUUCAUUAUAACGUAUGCAUGUAUAGUUGUAGAUUUCAAACUCAAAUCAAUGGCUGCUGCAUGCAUCAAGACAUAAAUAAAAACUAUGAAUUUAAAGGGGAUCCCUUUUAAAAAACAUUAUUAUGUUUGGUAAAUAUCUAAAACAUUUUUCAAUUGAUAAUUUUUUUAUAUUUUAAAUAUUUUUUUAUUUUUUUAUAUUUUAAAAUGUUUUAAAUAUUAACCAAAAACUUAUAUUUAUUAAAACAGCUCUAUGGUGUAAUCAUACUUUUUGAUUUAAGACAUUAUGCAUAGGAGCCAUCAAAAUAUUCAAUAAUUUAAUUAUAAUUUUGCAUAAUGAUAUACAGUUAUGGACCAAGAAUUAAUAAAAAAAAUAAUAUUUUGUGACUCCAAAGUAGAAAGUGGAAAUUCUCAAAACUCUGAUGAAGAAAUAUUGUUUUGUUUUAGUGAUGUAUCUACUUAUGUGAUAAUUUUGACAAAGGUUUAAUCAAAAUUAUGUUAAAUGUCUAAGAUGUAUUUAUAAGUAGAUAAAGUUACCCUAUCUCUAGGAUAUUCCCUACUUUUUUCAAUAAAAUAUAAAUAUUUUGCUUAUGCUCUUUUCCUAUAAUCAUAUCAAUCUGCGGAAAAUAUAUUUGUGUAUUUGAAGUAUUCCGAGUGUAGUAAACAAUAUAGGAAAAAGAAAAAAAGGCCCUUUAUAGAAUACAGGUGGGAUAUGUCAUGUACUGUCCAAAAAUAUUCACAUUUGGAAAUAUAUGUGUCAAACAAUUAUGUAUUUUCAUAUUAAAUGUUUUUAUGAACAAAAUAUUUUUUAAUAAAAGUAUGCCAACAUAUUGUUUAUGCUAAUGACGUAGUUAUAUUCAUCAACAACAUUGUUUAUGUUAUGUAACAUAAAUUAACAUAUUUAUUUCACUGUGUUAAAUAAUUUUAAUUUCAAGGGAAUAAUUAUAUUUCGUUUAAAUAUGUCAAUCAAAUUAUAAUAAAAAAACAGUAAGUACAUAAAAAUGUCUACCGACAUAAAAAAAUGAUUUUUAAGGGCAGUUCUACAUUGGUAUUUUAAUCUUUGCAUAAUAUAUUAUAUUUUAAUUCAUUGACCAAAUGUAAUUAUUCCUUGUGAAUUGAUCAACGACAAUUCGUUAAACGUGACCAUUGCUGUGAUAGCUGUUAAGUUUGUAUUGUCAAUACGCGGGUGCUGGGCCAAUAAACACGGUUGAGGGCACGA